AUGAUCGAAAUACUCAUCACAGUUAUACCCUCAAUAUGCUGGCUACUAUAUCGGUUUUACACGAUAUUGAAAACCCCAGUUGAAAAAAUCAUUGAAGAUCUAAAUAUUGAGAUUCCUCAUAUGCCAAAUAUUUGUAUUGAUUCCAUAAAUGAUACUUCAGUUGUGAUUCAUUGGGACAUAGAGAAAACUAAUGACGAAAACUUGUACUAUAUAAUAUUGAUAAAUGGUCAAGAAGUUGCAUCACUUACAUCUUCUUCAUGUAAAUUAAAAAAUUUAUCAUCGAAUCAAGUUUAUACUAUUGAAAUAAUUGCUAAUAAUUCUAUCACAAAUUUCAAAUCAAAAUCCAAACCUGUGAUUGUACAAACCAUUAAUAGAGACAACAUUGAGAAAAUCAUUAAUUUGGAGAAUUUGGAAAAUGAUAUAGUAAGACCAUUAGACAUUGAAGAAUCAGAUUUGCAAAAAAUUGGAGCUUUAGAAGAUGAGAAUUCUAGUACCAUAUCUAUUGAUCAAAUUAAAGAGAUAGACGAUUCCAAGUUGUUAAACUUGUACUUGAUUAAAACUCAGAAUGAAUUAACGAAAGCAAAUUUGGAGUAUAAAAAUUUUCAAACUCAAGCUCAACUUGAACAAAAACAUUUACAAGACGAUUUGAAUUUUUAUAAACAUGAAUUUGAAGAAGAGACGGACACUAAGAACAAGAAAGAUCAUGAUGUCAAAUCUUUGGAGAAAUCAAAAAACAACUUAUCAUUUCAAAAGUCAAAACUAAUAUCACAAUUAAAUAGUAUCAAAAGUUCAUUAGCAUUAUAUCAAAACAAAUUUAAGGAGAGUGACUUAAAAGUCAAAAAAUUGGAAGAGAGAAAUUUGAGCUUGCCGGAGUUGGAAGAGCAGGAAAAAUUGAAGUUGGAAGUUGAAAUAAAUCAAAUCAAGGAGAAUAUGCGAAAGAAUAAAGCGGAAUAUGAUAAGGUUGAUGAGAAUAUAAAAAAUUUGACUUUAGAAAAGAAAGAGUUAACAUCCAUACUUUCCCAGUUCAAAUUAUUAAUAGAGUUAUUAAACCUGUCAGGUAAUAAUAAUAGUACCAUCAAUCAAAUACAUUUAACAGAAAAUUCGCCAUCACCAAGCCCUGGUCCAAAUGGGUCUUCAACAUCAUUACCAGCAUCGAAUGCUCAUACAAACUCAAACAUCAAUACUUCAAUUUUCAACAAAGAUGGGACAUUAACCAAAAAUUCAUUCGAUGCAUUACUUCGAAUAUCACAAUUGAUUCCUUCAUGGCAAGAUGAAAUCAUGCAAGAAAUCAAUAAUUAUCAAGAACUCGAGAAUCAAUGGAAAAAUGCAUUCAGAGCAGAAAUCAAAAAAUUUGUAUCAAUACAUCAGUCAUUAGAAAUAGCAAAAUUAAGUAGGGAUGAUAAUUAUCAACCCGUCAAACUUAGUGAAUAUCAAGCAUCAAUUGAAUUUGGUGGAUAUAGUAAUGCUUUGCCUAAACCGAAAUUCAACAAUAAUCAAAUGAAAAACAAUUAUUCAAUAGAUGACUACAGAACAGGAAGCAAUGGAGGUACAAACUUUCAUAGUUAUUAUGCACAAACGUAUGGAAAGAACGAAGAUACCAUUUCUCAAUCACCUGUUUCCGCUCAACCUGCACUUAAUCAGGCACAAUUAUACCCACAAUACCAAACUGACGAUCAACAAAAUAUACUUCCUCAACCAACUAACCCUUUGCAAAUCUAUGAUUAUUUGCCAGAUCAAUCACAAUUUGAAACCGAGCAUCCUUAUGUCAGUCUAGAGCAAAUAAAUGCAGCUCAAUCAAGAAAUAUAGACAUGAGUUUAAAUUCACCCACUUUACCUAACAAUUUAUUAAACUUAAACAAUCUUGGUUUAGUCAACGAUACUACAUUUCAAAACUUUAAUUUCGAUGAUCAAUAUUUACCUCAACAACCUCAACAAUCUCAACCAUCUCAAGAUUUACAACAGCCACCGAAAGUAACAUCACCAUUACCUCCGCAAAAUGAAAUGUUGUUCAAUAAUUUCAGGUCAACUCCAACUAACGACUUCAAUUCAAGACUAUACCAUACUGGAUAUAAUAAUUCCGGAUCAUCUUUUUCAGAAGUUUGGAAUCCUCAAUUACCAACAGUAUCUUCAUCUACAAAUCCAAAUCCAAACCAAUCAACAUUUAACGAGUUUUUAACCCCUACAAAUACAUCAACUGCUAAUAAUACUAAUCCAAAUAAUAAUGUCGGUACAUCAAAUUUAGCAAAAGGAUUUUUAAUGACUCCAUCUUCUCAAAGUAUUUGGUUAGAUGAAAAAUCAAAUAAUGGUCAUACGAGAUCAAUUUCAAAUAAUUCUCAAAUUUGGAGAAAUGAUUUAUUUUCUAUGAAUUCAUUACACGGUCAAUCCAACAACAACAAUGCCAAUAACACUACGGGAAUUAACAAUAAUAAUUCGACCAUAUCUCCUAAUCCAACAAGAGAUUAUCAUCAUUUUUUUGGUCAAAAUGAUGGUAUUAAUAUUACAAACAAUAAUUUUUUACAAAAUGAUUUCAAAGAUAUACAAUCUAACCUCGAUAAUUCUACUCAAUUGGCGUCAAAUGUAGCUGAACAAAGUGAUGUUUCAAAUAAGAAAGAUAGUAACGAAAUCUGA